UGUUCGUAUACACUCAUAUAUAAAGCAAAAUAAUACAAAUUCAAUUAAAAAGUUAUUUCAUUACUAAUAAAGAAUAUUUAUAAUAAAAAGUUCUAGGAUAAUUCUGAAAAUAGAUUUACUAUAAUGGUAUUUAAUAAAAAUUAUUAAGUAAUAAUAUACUGUAUUGUAUCACUAAACAUAAUUAUAAUAUCAGCAUAAUGAUAUUAAAAUGGUACCAUUCUUAUUCUGCUCUCUUUAGAUACGCAAUAAAGCAAACAGUUGAUAAAAAAUUGUCAACGAUAGCUAGUGUGAAUAAAAGCCCGAAUGAGUUAGAACUAUUAGGACAAAAAUAUGUGGUUGAUAAUUGGACAAAUAUCACACCACAGAUUAUUUCAAAAUUAGGACGUAAUUUACACAUUACUCAAUAUCAUCCAUUGUCUCAUGUACGUCAGCGGGUGGUCAAUUAUUUUUAUAACAGUUAUCGUAAUAGAACUGGAACCCCAUUGUUUAGCGUACAUGACAAUUUAAAUCCUAUAGUCACGGUCUCACAAAAUUUUGAUUCUUUACUCGUUCCAAAAGAUCAUCUUAGUAGGAAAAAAACUGAUUGUUAUUAUAUUAAUCAAGACACUUUACUGAGGGCUCACACGACUGCACAUCAAGCAGAACUUAUUUCAAUGGGAUUAAAUAAUUUUCUCAUUGUUGGAGAUGUAUAUCGUAGAGAUGAGAUAGAUUCUACUCAUUAUCCUGUUUUCCAUCAAAUUGACGCUGUUAGAAUAUGUACUAAAGAAGAAAUAUUUAAAAAUGUUCAUGGUUCUGGAGAUUUAAAGUUAUUCGAUUCUAGAGAAGAAGAAACUGCAGAAAAACAAAGAUACCAUACGUUAGAGUCUGUCAAAAUCAUGGAACAUCAAUUGAAAAGUACUUUAACUGGUUUAGCUAAGGCAAUUUUUGGACAAGAUGUAAAAUAUCGCUGGGUUGAUCAGUAUUUCCCAUUCACUCAUCCAUCAUGGGAAUUAGAAGUUUUCCAUGAAAAUAAAUGGGUAGAAUUAUUAGGCUGUGGUAUUAUAAGACAAAGUAUUCUAGACAAAUCAGGAGCAAUGGAUCGCAUGGGUUGGGCAUUUGGAAUGGGUUUAGAACGUUUAGCUAUGUGUCUCUACAAUAUACCAGACAUAAGAUUGUUCUGGAGUACUGACACUGGUUUUUUGAAUCAAUUUAAAGUAGACGAUGUUAAUACACAGAUACAGUACAAGGCCAUCAGCAUUUAUCCACAAUGCAAAAAUGACAUAAGUUUUUGGUUACCAGAAGAUAAAGAGUAUACAUCAAAUAAUUUUUACGAGCUAGUCAGAGAAAUUGGAGGUGAUAUUAUCGAACAAGUUAUAUUGACUGAUGUAUUCACGCAUCCUAAAACCAAAAGAAUAUCUCAUUGUUAUACAAUAGUUUAUAGACAUAUGGAACGUACAUUAUCAAAAAGCGAAGUUAAUAUUGUUCACCGUAAAUUAGAAAAAGCUGUAACCGACAGAUUUCAUGUUACUGUACGAUAAAAAAUAAAUGAAGUUUUAUGAUUUACAUAGUUUAAUAAAUGCCAAUGCAAUUUAUAAUAUAUAAUACUCUAGAGGAAAUAAGAUGAUAAUAAAAUGGAAGGAAUAUAUUUUU